AUGGAUCACCCACCCGGUCAAAGAAAACAAGUUGUAAGCAAAGGUACUUUUGAGAUCACCCACCCGGUCAAAGAGAACAAGUUGCAAGCAAAAGUACUGUUGAGAUCACCACCUGGUAAAAGAGAAAAUUUGGUUAUCGUAGAUAAUCUUGAAAUCAGCAACCAGGCCGAAGAGAACAAGUUAUCACCACCUGGUAAAAGAAAAAAGUUUAUUAGCGUGGGUAAUCUUGAAAUUACUAACCAGUUAAAUCAACCAAUUUAUCACCCACCCGGUCGAAAAGAACAAGUUGCAAGCAAAGGUACUGUUGAGAUCACUCACCCG